GUUAGCGCAACAACAACAACAACAACAGCAAUCACAACAACAACCGCAAUAUCAAUUAAUUGCCACUGCGGACGGUGAUUUCGUCGCUGGUGCCGACGACACAUCUCUCCUUGGCAGCUGUUUUGGUCUGCUACUGAAAGUGCUCUUCUCACCACCCGGUCUGGUCGCACUCGUUGUUGGCUACUCCAUGCUUGGCGCUGUCAUCUUCCCACUGCUCGAAGCGCCACAGGACAUUAAUACGUCGGCGGCGAUAGCGAAGAGUCGCGAGGAGUGUUUGCGUGAACUGUGGAUCAUAACGGAAAAACUCAACGUCCUCUACGAGCGCAACUGGUCCACACUGGUACACGAGCAGCUACGUCGCUUCGAAGAUUCCAUUGUGGCGGCAACACGCCAUACGAACAGCACCAGCGUCGGCAUGUUUGGUGGCAGUUCAACGGCGCUGCGACGCUAUGGCAACACCUUUGAUGCAACAACCGAUGCGAUGGGCACGCCAACGCAUUGGACCUUCGGCGAGGCGUUGCUCUACUCAGUGACUGUGAUAACGACAAUAGGCCACGGUAGCUUAACCCCACGCACCGCUGCCGGUAAAAUCGCCACCAUUUUGUAUGCCCUAAUCGGUGUGCCGCUCAUGUUGAUGUGCCUCUCCAGUCUGGGUGCGCUGCUGGCGGAGGCGUUACAAUGUACCUACGCACGCAUUUGCUGCCGGCUGACACGUCAUCAUCAUCACCCACAUCAUCACUCACAUCACCAACACCAACACCAUCACCAUCAUCAGCAACCAUUAAGUAAACAUGAGAAGGGUCACGGCGUUAAGCAAAAGAAGCAACUGCCGCCGGAGCAUGAGCUCUAUCAACAACAAACACAUCACCUACAAGUGACGGGUGAAAAGAGCGGACAUUUGCUUGAGGGAUCGGCGAGUUUGAUGGGCGUGCAGCCUGAAAACUGCGGCGGCGGUGGCGGCGGUGUUAGUAAAUAUACGAGGCGUUGCAGUGUCGACAGUUUGGAUAAUGAUGCGCUGUUGAAGCGUGGGCUGGGCGGUUGUCAGCAGGAGAAGGGGCAUAAGUUGGAUUGCAAAAACUGUAAAUAUGAUGCUUUAAUUGGCGAAACCACUUUGAGCAACAGUUAUGAUUACAGCAACAACAGUAAUAUGACUGGAGGCGGCACGGAUUCAGGAGAUGACUCCUGUCGUCUGCUGUACAAUUCACCAGCGAAAUUAAAUCAAAAUCAAAUGUUGACGGCAACGAAAAUCAAUACGCAAUACUAUCAACAGCAGCAGCAGCAACAACCGGAUGUUAUGCUAAUGGCAACAACAGCAACGGCAAUGGCAGCACAAAAGCCAAUGCAACAACAACAACAACAAUAUCAGCAACUGUACAAUCGCUCGGCCACACCGUCACCGCAACAUUUUCAGCAGCAACAACAACAACAGCACCCCAUGCAAACAUUUCACAUCGUCUCGGCCAACUCAUCGCCCACACAACAUUCAGGGCAACAACAACAACAACCACAACAACAUGCCACAUUGCGGCAAUAUGCCACGCUACAGCAUAAACCGCAUCAACAACAACAACAACAACAACAAUAUCAACAUAUACAACAACAGCAGUAUGUUGCCGUACCCAGCGGCGCUUUGUUACGUUUCCAUACAACAACACCAGCAAAAGCAACAACCACAGCCACUGCUACUGCUACAGCAACGGGCGUUCCACAAUCGGUUGCGCUGAGUGGCAAUAGCAAUAAUUGCACAACCGACGGCAAUGGCAAUGUUGGCAUCGGUCUUGGUGCCACACUCAUCACCACCGGUGUGCCGAGCAAUUGUUAUCAAUCGGCGAAUGUGUCAAUGGCUGGAGGCACAGCGACGGCUACAAUUUACUUUCCGAUUGCCACGGCGGCGCAUCCACAGCCAGCCAACUAUGCAGCCAUUGCCAGUGCGGCAACAGUGGCAACAGGGACAAUAACACCGGCAAACAGUGAGGCGACUGCGCUGGUUGGUGGUGUGGGCGCUGGUUCCGGUUCGGGCGCUGCAGCCGCAACGCAAUUGCUUUGCAAUCAGCCGAUUGUGAAAUAUCACACAAUACAACUCACCCAUGCGAGGAAGCAACCGCAGCAGCAACAACAACAACAACAACUACAGCAACCACAAACGACGUUGUUGGACAGUGGGGCUGAUGUGAUGCCACUGCCGCCACCGCCGGCGUAUCAAACGGCAACGGUGCAUGGUAUACGCCGAGCGAAAUUUCUCACCAAACCACUGCCACCGGAGAUCGGCACAUUAGUUGCCGGCGAACGGGACUUAAGCUGCAGACAUGAUUUAUUAAUGCAACAAAGUGGCGUUGGUGGCAGUGGAAACAAUACAACUAAUGCUGCAACAACAACAACAACCAUACCAUCAUCAGUAACAACCACUUUGACGAAUGCAUCGAAUGCAACGUCGAUUGCAAUGUUGACAGCUGGAUUGACAGCAACAGCAGCAACAGCGGUAGCGGCGGCGACGGCGACGGCGACAGCGUGUAGCGGUAAUCCGCCAACAACAAUAACAACGGCCAUGUCAAACAACACACAAAUGGGCACUUUAAUGUCCGGCACAGCCGCGUCAAUGAUCGGUUCGAAUGCAGCUGUGGACAUUAUGGAGGAUGAGGAGGAGCAUGAGCAGUUGCGUUUGGGCAACUGCCCACACGGUACGCCAUCACGUGUGCCCCUCAUCUCUGGCAGCAGUGCGAGCGCCAAUGCUAAUGGACAUAAGAACAGCAGCAACGCAGACGAUGACCAACGUGGCGCACGCAGUCUCUUCAAUGCCACCGCCGCAUCUUUCCACCGUCACACGCUCAACACCUUCCAACGUAAUUCAGCGGCACGUAAAUCAACCGCAUACGCGACAACACGCCGCAACGGCUGCAAUAUGCAUGCAAGAGCAAAGGUGAGCAGUUGUUAUGGUGAUGCAGCCACUGAGACCUCGGACGAUGGUGAGUGUGAUGACGUUGGCGCGGAGACUGCGUAUAUGCAACGCACAGCGACGCACGCGGGCGAAGAAUUCCGUUUAGCAAAUCUCAGUGGUGGCAAAAAAAUCACAACAACACGCGACCACACGACAGACGAGCACGCUUACUAUGAUACCGAUGCGACAACAGACGAUUUGGAUGACGAUGAGAAUGAUGUCGGCUCGAAUGCCGACACCGCCGCCGUCGCCGGUGAUGGUGAUGACGCCGGCCCACAGGUGCCCAUCAGCAUAGUGCUGCUCAUACUCAUUUGCUACAUUUGCUUGGGCACGGUGAUUUUCGCCUUCUGGGAGAAUUGGUCUAUUGUGGAUGGCGCCUACUUCUGCUUUGUCACCUUGGCCACCAUCGGCUAUGGCGACUUCAUGCCCGAGCGCACCUUUCAUGGGCCGCAUGUACAGCUCUUCGCUUGCUGUGCUUAUCUGCUGUUGGGCUUGGUCUUGGUCGCCAUGUCGUUUAGCAUAUUGGAGACACAGUUGAUGUGGAAGUGCAAACGGAUUGCGGUGCGACUGAAGUUGGCCAAUGAUUGAUAGUGGCGGCGCUGGUGGCGACUCUUGUUGGAACGACGCAGUGACGUCGGUGUGAUGGCGCAGUUUUUUUAGAUGGAAAAAUGAAGAAGAAGAAUCUGUUGACGAGGGGUUGAAUUGGUAAAAUAAUAAUAAGCGCGACGUACAAAAAAGUAAAUAAA